AUGCUAUUCCCGGGCUUUCCGACCUUCGCUGCUUUUGCUUGGGGCGGGUUUGUUUCGCUGGCUUUUGCCGCCGACCUUGUUGGCGCCAGCAAUGAAGUCGACCCCGAUGCUGUCAACGCCUGCCAAUGCACGGGACUUGACUAUAGCGACUCGGGCUCAUAUCUGGUUGACUCUAGCACCAGCGGCAACUUCAGCUUUGCCUCUCAGUUUCAAGGAAAUUGCACCGACGGCGUGGCCAGCCCGAUCCUCCGUGAUCCGGACAACAACGAGUACCACUGCACCAAUAUCCGCCCAACACCACUCGCUCCCGUUCUUUCAUGCAGCGAUAUUCCGUACUCUGACCUAAAGACGGGAUUAUGGGCGAUUACGAUAUACAUGUCUCCAAGUAACCUGACCGUCACGAGGACAUUUAGACUCACAGUUGGUGUCCCAUCAACGGUAGUAACGACUACUCGCAGUACCACGCUGUCAAUUUCGACAUUCACUACGCCGUGUAGCGCCCUCCAGACAUCGACCACCACGGUGCGUUUGCCGAAUACUAUCAUCACAGUGACAUCGACGAUUAUCGAUUACACGACGGACGACAGGAUCACCAGCUCAGCCACGACGACAAGCACGGUCACCGCAUCAUGCGUAUACAAGACUACAGCCCGGAGCACAGCAAAGACCAGUUCGGCCAAGUCCAGCUCUGUGAAGAGCACCGUAAAGAGUAGCACUACCAAGUCCACGAGCGUAACGGUUGCGCCGCCAGUGACAAAGGCUCCGACUGUACCUACAGGUCUCUUCACCUUCACCGUUUCCAACUCGGUCUGUGCGGGCAACCCCCCAUUCGCAG